AGGGGCCCGAACACCGGCCGAGCGCACCCGAGUAGCGACGACUGCGGGCGCGGUGGAGGGGCCGGGCGCGGGUGACGGGGCAACGCGGCGGCGCGGCGCGGCGCAGAUCACCGAGCAGUGUGCCACGCAUAUUACGCACGAGCUGUACUGUUGUGAAACAUUAAAUACACUGCUGUAUUUACGUUCUACAUUAUUUGUGAAUACCUCUAACAGUUCAGAAUCGGGAUAUUCUUACGCCCAUAAGUUGUUUUUACCAUCAUGGGAAAGCGAUCUCGUUCGCGAUCGCGGGAGCGACGUCAUCGUACAUCAAAACAUCGGAAGCAUAAUGCGCUGGAGUCCCGUCUAGAAAACUUAGAGAAACGGUUGAACAAAGUGCUACAGCCGCUGGACUUGAAUUUAACGACGCGGGGGAGUUUUACACCGGUUCAACAAUCGAGUGAUACAACAAAUUUAGUGUUUACACCCCAACAGUUCCAGAAACUUUUUCAGUAUCAGCAUGUCCAUUAGCACAAACAGGGUCGACGAUGUUGGUGGGUGGCGGCAAGCAUAAUGAAAAAUGCGACACGCCGGCGUCUACGCUACAACCGCCCGCGCCGCAAAAUUUGCACAGUGUACCUACUGCAAACAGCGCGACUUCUGUGGUUUGUUCGACAAGUCAAGGUCGGACAAGGCAGCACCAGUUAGCUCAGGAUGGACGACUAUAAGAGGGGCCCGAACACCGGCCGAGCGCACCCGAGUAGCGACGACUGCGGGCGCGGUGGAGGGGCCGGGCGCGGGUGACGGGGCAACGCGGCGGCGGCGCGGCGCGGCGCAGAUCACCGAGCAGUGUGCCACGCAUAUUACGCACGAGCUGUACUGUUGUGAAACAUUAAAUACACUGCUGUAUUUACGUUCUACAUUAUUUGUGAAUACCUCUAACAGUAUAUACAAUUUUUAUUUUAUGUACUUAAUACAAUGUAGACCAUUACGCAUGUCGGCGAUGGCUACUACUUAA